CUAAAAGCCGAAGUUUUCCUUGAAUUUUGUGGCGAGUCCGGAGGUGUUUUGCGUAGUUGCGCGGUUGGGGCUUUCGUUGGACUCAGUUGUCCGUUGGAUGUGUUUGUUCCAAUUUCAUCUGAUGGCUGUGGUUGGUAGUUGAUGGUCAUGUUUCAUUUUGUCCGCAUGUGGCCUUCUGUUGUCGUAUUUUGUGAGAAUCUGUUUGUUUAUUUUCUCUGUCGACUUUUUCACUUUGGCAGUGUGGCCUGCGGUUCAUGCACCUGGGUGUUCGCAGUGGAGUCAUUUGUGUUGUUCUCUCCCUCUGGGUUUUGGUGUUUGCAGCAUCAGCACAGGUGCACGGCGGUGGAAGUUGUUUAUCAUCGUCGGAUUCUUGAGUUGUUUUGGUGUGAGGAUCAAGUUGCGUGGGUGUGCAUUGCUGCGUUAGUUUCACAGAGGUAGUUUAUCGGCGUCUUCCGUUGUUAAGAGGGCAGAUUGUUUGCACAAUAAGACGUACGAAGUGUCUGCUUUGCACUGCUAGACAAUCUCCAUCACUCUUAUCUUCAUCACUCUUUGCCCAAAACUAGGUUUUCGACACUAUGGACUCCACUCCAUUGGCAGAAUUACAGAUUGGACAACGGAACUACAAGAUUACAUGUCAUGUGACAAAGAUAUGGGAUGCCACAAAUCCAACAAUGCAAGAUCAACUAAUGUCAGUUGAUUUUAUGUUGGUUGACAAUCAGGCGAUGGCCAUUCAAGGAUCAAUUCGAAAGGAAGAUGCGGCCCGAAUGAAAGAACUAAUUAAAGAAGGACAAAUUUAUACAUUUUCCAACUUCAUUGUCACAGCUGCGAAAAAGAACUUUCGUGUAUGCCACCACAAGCUUAUGAUUCGUCUUGGGACAUGGAGCAUAAUAAAAGAGAUAAUGGAUCAUCAACUGCAAAUCCCAAAUCACAGCUUCUCUCUGAUAGAUGACAAAGAACUAGAAUCAAGAUUAUACAAUGAUAUGUACCUCACAGAUAUAGUUGGUCAUCUCACAUCAGUCACCAAAGUCAGCUAUGCCUACGUAAAUGGGAGAAAUGUCGCGAAAAAAAAUCUCAUCAUUCAAACCUUGAGCAUGAAGGACAUUCCAGUCACACUUUGGGGGACAAAUGCAGAGGGAUUUGAUGAAAAAAAUGUUAUUGACCUUGCACGAAAAGAGCCUCUCAUUGCAAUCCUUACAGCUAUGACUGUAAGAGCAUUUAAAGGAGAAACCACACUAUCAAGCACAUCAGCAACACGGAUAUAUUUAAAUCUAGACACCGAAGAUGUUCAUGCUUUCCGCAGCAGACUUGCUUAUCCACUUGAGGUUACAACAUUGGCCCAAUCUCCAGAAGAUAAACAAAGUCAUGUCAAUGCUGCAAUAAGUUCCAGAAAGACUAUCUACGAGCUACUUCGUCUGGAUCGAUUUGCUGAUCUGGGGAAAAAGUUUAUCUGUGAAGCAACAAUAAAAGAGAUUGACGCAAGUAGAGGAUGGUGGUACAAUGCAUGUUCAAAGUGCAAAGUAGGAGUUACAAACUAUGAUGGCAUCCUUUCUUGCAGGAAGUGUGGCCCAAUAGAAAGUCUUCCAAUACCAUGGAAAUCACAGCAAUAUGUUUACAAAAACUUUGACAAGAAAGCUGGACAUGAAUAAAUUAUCACCAACCAAACAUGCUCAAGCUAUAAGCAGCAUCGAUUGGUUGGCAACAUGGUUAGAAGCAGCUGCCACAGAUCCACCAGAUCUACAAGAAAACCAGCUAUCAAUCUUAAUCGACGCAUCAGAGGACCUCAACCAACAACGAGCACAAUUGAAAAGAAGUCUUCAAUUCAAACUUGCAACAAAUGAUGACUAUAAUGAUGUCCAGCUGAUCAACCAGAAUGAAGAUGUGAACAAGCAAAUGAUCACACAUGCCGUUGACAAACUGAUGAAAGAUACAAUACUACUCCAUGUAAAAGUUAUUCCAGCAACAUAUGGAGAACACAACAAGAAGUUCUACUUCCCACAACUAAAGACACUAUAUGAAAGAGGUUACCAGAACUACCUCAACCUACAACAAAUGAUGGAAAAAUACUCCAAUACUGCUGUCGCAGACCAAGUGCUCCAAAUUCAAGAUACUCUACACAAAAAUGAAGACCUAGAUCAAAUCAAGAGUAAUGUCGAACACAUGGACUGGUGCAGGCUACAGCUGAGAACACUUAACUUCGAUAUGAUUAGACAUUUGAAAUACAAUAUGGACAACUACGCUGAAGAUGAUUCUGCGAUAGGCGAAACAAAUGCAGCAACUCCUGAAAAUAUUACUCCAACCAACCGUAAUGGGAAAGUCUUCAUACCCUACAUUGAGGAUGUCAACAAUAUUGCCAUGGCUGUUGACUAUAUUGCAGCAAAGCUGGAGACAAUGACCCAAGGUCUCAAUCCUGAGAUAAGAAUCGCAGAGAAUGAACAACACCUACUCAGCAACAACCAGCAGCAUAAAACCACAAGGGAAUCAGAUUUGCAGAACGAACUACAUAACGAAAAACACAUGAUUCCAGAUACAGAGUAUGCUGCUCAAACCACCAAGAAAUGACAUGUUCCACUCCAUGGAAACUAAAGUACAUAUGCAUUUUGCCUUCAGAGCUCCCCAUGCAUUUUGCCUUCGAACCUCCCCAUGUCUCAUUGUCUGCAACGACUGCAAAAAAGAAAAAUAUUUUGCUACUUAACAGAAAACGUUGACAGGAUAAUGGUAACACCAUUGAUGACAAAGCUUGGGAAGAAUUUUUGCAGACUAUUAUGA